CUCAUCGUGCGCAGCAAGCGGUGGUGGUGAGAGCAGGAGAUCAGCGGGCGCGCAUGGCGGGGCACCUCCUCCCGACGGUCAUGCACGGCACGGUGCCGGAGAGGUACGUGCGGCCGAAGAGGGAGGCGAUACCGGAGAGCCUGGGCCUGGAGAGGAGCCACGUGGUGACAGCCAUGGGGCAGCACGCCCAGCACAUGGCGGUGAGCCCGCAGCCGGAGCUCACCUGCGGGCUGCCGGGGCACAAGAGCCCCGAUGCCACUGCCACCACGCUGCUGCUCCAGGACGGCGUGUCCGGCCUGCAGGUGCAGCGCAACGGCCGGUGGGUGGCCGCCGUGAACCGCGUGCCCGACGUGCUGGCCAUCGACAUCGGUGACCAGCUGCAGAUUGGAGGCGGAGCAGUUGCCUGGUUUGGUGCCAAGAUGAAUUCUGACAUUAACAAGUGCCUGCUGUACCGGUACUGGCUCCUGCUUGUCGUUUCGGUGAUGGUUCUGACAUGCAAUUUCUUCCCUGACGGAGGAGACGAUCAUGGUGCCGUCCCACAGGACCAGCUGAUCACUCCAGCGCUAGCCAUGUUCUCCGGGCUCAUGUGUGCCAUCUGCCUCGUGUUCCGCGCCGUAAAGCAGAUGAUGUGAAGGCGAGUAGUAAUAGCAAGUUCGAAAAUGGGCGUGGGCACUUACUUGUACAGAAUAAAGAUCGAAUUAGAGUUCUGAUGUUGCG